CACACGUGACCAUAUGUGUUCCAGAGAGUGAUUUAUCUUCAUGAAUGUCUUGUAACCUACAUCCAUAUCAAGCCGUCGUUGUUUUAAAUCUUUGGAUUAGUUGUAGUAAUUCACCAACCGCAUGCGGCACUACUUCCCCACUUUGUUGAUUUAACUACGCUUGUGUGUGCUCAGGGAGGUUCGUGAUAAAUAACAUAGCUUUACACUGCUGCCUAGAUUUAAAGCUCCAUUUAAAAACCCAGUGUCCUGCAAGCGAGCGCCCGCCUCUCCAUUGGUCCUGUCAAGUGCGCAAGCGCAACAUCUCGAAGGCGCUUCUCACGCGAUCCUUGUUCAAGAACAAGUUUGUAAUCUCCUCAAAUAACUUUCAGUCUAGUUCUCCAACCUGCCAGGACUGUAAUACACACCUCUUAACAAGAACAACAACAAUGGACAAGACGGUUCUGAUUGUUUAUGCACACCAGAGCCCUAAAUCUUUUAACUGUGCGGUAAAGGAUGCGGCUGUGAAGGCUUUCGCCGAUCAGGGCUGUAAGGUCCUCGUGUCGGAUCUCUACGCCAUGAACUUCCGAGCUGUAGCUACAGCAGAUGAUGUCAAAGGGAAUCUGAAGACCCCUGAGCACUUCCGCUACAACGAGGAGACCGCGCUCGCCUGGAAGGAGGGCAGGCUGAGUGACGACAUUGUAGAAGAGCAGCGUAAAGUGCAGCAGGCUGACCUCGUCAUCUUCCAGUUUCCUCUUUACUGGUUCAACGUUCCUGCUAUAAUGAAAGGGUGGAUAGACCGAGUGCUGACUCAGGGAUUUGCCUACAGUUUACAGAACCUCUAUGACAACGGCUUUUUCAAGAAUAAAAAGGCCAUCCUGUCAUUCACUACUGGAGGAAUGGAGUCCAUGUACCUGCCAGACGGCCUUAACGGAGACAUCAAUGUUGCACUGUGGCCCUUACAGAGUGGAGUUCUGCGCUUCUGUGGUUUUCAGGUACUGGCCCCUCAGAUCUUCUGGAGUCCAGCACAUGCUCCUAAUGAUGCCAGAGUGGCCUUGCUGGAGGCAUGGAAGGCCAGACUGGGAGGACUGCUGAAUGAAAAGCCUCUGUCCUUUGCACCCACUGAGCUGUUUGAUCUCAGCUUCCAGGCAGGGUUCAGACUACGGCCAGAGGUGAAGGAGGAGUUUGCAUCUAAACCAUAUGGCCUGACCACAGCACAUCACCUGGGAAAACCUCUUCCUCCAAACAACCAGACCAAGGCUAAAUAAGAAGCCAUCCACGGCUUCUGAUAAAACAAACUCCAGAUUUUAGCUGAGUUAUACAUUUUCAGACUUGAAAGAUGCACAAAAUGAAAAUUAAAUGUGAAGGUUUCUUUUUGAAAUUUAUUAUUUUAAACUACUGCUAAUAUAUUAAUGUAAAAGUUCUAAAAAUAGUAAGGGCUAUGAAUGUACUACCGUAACGCAGCAUUUGUGUCUGUAGAUGUACUGUAGAUUUUCCAUGGGUUAUCAAUCAAUCAAUCAGUAUACAUGAUUUAUCAGUUUUAAUCAGCAUACAUGUCAUUGUUUUGACCUCUCUGAUCUUUGAUCAGUAACACAGUAAACCUUUGACCAAACUGAAUGUUUUGUCAUCUUGUGUAAAGUGUAUAUCUACUACAAGAAUAAAAAAUGACUGUCAA